CGCGUUACCCGUCCCCAUGGCGACGGGUUUGUUGCUCAGCGCUUCAGCUUUUGAUGCUUCGAGCGCGCGCGCCGAGGACGAGAGCUGCUGCUGCUGCGGAAAGGUGCUGAACUGCCCUCUCUCCCUGAAGGACCUUCCUGAGAAGGGAGCAUGGCCAAGCUCCUGCAAGCGCCCCCCAAGUUCCUGCCCCCCGAGUGGCACAUCGCCAACAAGGCCCAGUACAGCAGCGCGGAGGCCGAGAGGUGCCGCUCUGAGCGCUUGUUGGACGAGAGCCAGCGCCUGGUGGAUGAAAUCGAGAGGACCACCCAGAAGACCCAAAGCGAUGUCAAUAAGAGGAUAGAGCAGAGGCUCGAGGAAAUCAAGUUCUGGAAGCAGCAACUGGAUGACAAACUCGACCAGCUUGUGAAGGAGACGGAGGUGCUGCUGUCGUUCAAGACGCGGCUGGAGAAGGCACUGGAAAAUUUCAAGCAGCCGCUUUGCAUCUCUCAGCAGUGUCUCCUGAACCGGGAGAGGCGCGUUGGGAUUGACCUGGUCCAUGAUGAGGUGGAACAGGAGCUGAUCAAGGAAGUCGAGGUCCUUCAGGGAGUCGUCGCUCUGCUAGAGAGGACGCUGGAGCAAGCCAUUGAGCAAGUCAGGCUCAACCGCUCUGCCAAGUACAACCUGGAGCAGGACCUGAAGGACAAAUACACCGCCUUUAACAUCGACAACUAUUGCUCCAACCUCAACAACAACACGCCGGACAUCAGAUGUGCCCAGAAUGUCCUGAAGGUUGAGGAGAACUCGGUGAGCCCUGAAGAAUGGGAGGAUUUCUCGAACACGAAUGUGGAAAAGGCCGACCAACAGCGCAACAACUCCCUGGCGCUGAGGGCCCUGAUCGACAGCAUCCUCUCCCAGGCGGCCAGCGACUUGCGCAAGCAGAUCAACACCGUCAACGUCGCCUUCCGGAACCGGCUGAAGGAGACCAAGAGCGCUAAGGCCAAGCUGGAAGACCACCUGGACAAGGUGAUGGAGCAGGUCAGUGCUCAGGAGAAGAACAUUGAGUCCCUGAAGAAAGCCAUCUUGGACAAGGAGGGGCCGGCCAAGGUGGCCCAGACCCGCCUGGAGACGAGGACCCACCGGCCCAAUGUGGAGCUCUGCCGGGACAAGGCGCAAUACCGGCUGAUGCGGGAGGUGCACGAGAUCAACCACAACAUCCAGAGGCUGAAGGAGACCCUGGCCCAGGCCGACGCCGAGCUGAAAGGCCUGAACCGCCGCCAGCUGUCUCUGGAGGAGGAGAUCCAGGUCAAAGCAAACACCAUCUACAUCGACGAGGUCCUCUGCAUGCAGAUGAGAGAGUCCAUUGCCAUCAACAACUUCUGACCUCGCAGCAGCGCUGGUGCAGUCUCUGCGCUCCAGGGACCUCCCUCUUCCGCACAACCCCGAAUGGACACAAAGGGGCUCAAAUCGCUUUAAACUUUAUAUUGGACAAUAAAGUAGAAGCCGAGGGUACCUUGUAA